AUGUCAGCUCGCCUGUCCAGUUGUCAAUUGUUGAGACGUAAAAAGAAGGAAAAAAAAAACAAAAAAGAAAGAAUUAAAUCUGACGUCGACAAAGACGACGAAGACAACGAGAAGAGAGAAGAAGAAGAAGAAGAAGAAGAAGAAGAAGAAGAAGAAGAAGAAGAAGAAGAAGAAGAGAAGAAGAAGAAGAAGAAGAAGAAGAAGAAAGGAGAGAAAGACGAGGAGAAAAGAGAGGAAGAUAAGGAGGAAAGAGCCUUGGUAUGGAACUGGUUAUGA